GAGACAUUAAAAGUGUUUCUUACCAUUUUAACAAACUCUUCUUACCAUUUUAACAAACUCUUGUACAUGUGCCUCUUUUAUAACUGGUUUAAAUCUUUUUAUAAUUUAAAAAUUAAUAUUUUUUUUUUUAUUAAAUACUCUCACGGAGUUUUAACAGCCGGAGAUGCUGUAAGGCUCUCUCUCUGGUCAUUGUCACUGGACAGAUCUGCAACGUGCUUUUAAUUCAAUUUCUAUCAAAUGCUAUGAGCAUGUGAUCCGAAAGUUUUCUAAUAAAUGAAUGAUAUUGAGAUGUGACGGAAAUUCAACCACCAAUUCCUACUAAAAAAAAAAAAAUUAUAGAGUAUUUAACAUUUUUUGUUAAUUCUUUGUAAUUCUUUUUGGUUAAAUUGAUUCCUUUGUAAUAAAAUCCCCACCCAAUACUACUUGUUACUAGUCUGGAAUCUCUAGUUGUGAUAUUUAUACAUGACUUGAGCACACAAGAAUUUGAAGCUUAAGUUUCUUUUUUGCAGGUUUAAGUAAAGACAAUGGAGAAGAAUCUCCUUGUCACAGUUUCGAUCGUCUUGAAUCUCGUAUUCAUCAUUCAUAUACUUUACAAUAAAUCAACCACGUGGAAUCCGACUUGGACCAACAGAGCCGCCGUGGAAGCAGAGGAAGUAGCCUCUGUUUCAUGCUCAGGCCAUGGAAGAGCUUACGUGGACGGUCUUGAUGUUCUUGACGGCAACAAACCUCCUUGUGAGUGCAACAACUGCUACACAGGCAAAGAUUGCUCCUUUCUUCUCCCGGAUUGUCCUGUAGAUGCUAAUUCUGGAGAUCCUUUGUUCUUGGAGCCUUUCUGGAUGCGAAAAGCAGAGAAAAGCUCUGUUUUGGUCUCGGGAUGGCACAGGAUGAGUUAUCUUUAUCAAGAUGGGACAUAUGUCUCUGAAGAGCUCGAGAAGGUCAUUAGAAAACUGCACAGUGUAGUGGGAAACGCUGUUACAGAUAACAGAUUUGUAAUAUUUGGAAGUGGAUCCACACAGUUGCUUGCAGCUGCUGCUCAUGCCUUGUCUUUAACAAACUCAUCAUAUUCAUCACCUACAAGACUUUUGGCUUCUGUUCCGUUUUAUGCUAUGUAUAAGGAGCAAGCAGAGUUCUUUAAUUCUAGAUAUCUCAAGUUUGAAGGAGAUGCGUCUGUGUGGAAGAAGAGUAAAGGCAAUGAUAAUAUCACACAAGUUAUAGAAGUAGUAACAUCUCCAAAUAAUCCAGAUGGGAAGCUGAAAAGAGCUGUUCUUGAUGGUCCUAAUGUCAGAACCAUUCAUGAUUAUGCAUAUUACUGGCCUUAUUUCUCACCUAUAACUGUUCCAGCUGAUGAAGAUUUGAGUUUAUUUAGUCUCUCCAAGGCUACAGGUCAUGCUGGCUCUAGAUUCGGAUGGGGAUUGGUAAAAGACAAAGCUGUUUAUGAGAAAAUGAAAAGAUAUAUACAAUUAAGUAGUUUGGGAGUUUCUCGGACCACACAGCUUUAUGUUCUUCAGUUGCUUAAAGUAGUGGUUAGUGAUGGAGGCGAUGAGAUUUUCCAUUUUGGUUAUGAAACUUUAAAGAAAAGAUGGGAUACGCUGAACAAGAUCUUUUCCAUGUCCACACGUUUCUCGCUUCAGAGAAUCAAACCUGAGUACUGCAACUAUUUCAAGAAAGUCAGAGACUUUACUCCUUCGUAUGCGUGGGUGAAGUGUGAGAGAUCAGCGGACACGAACUGCUAUGAGAUUUUCAGAGAGGCGAAGAUAACUGGUCGUGAUGGCAAAGUGUUUGGAUCAGAGGGAAGUUUUGUGCGAUUGAGUCUCAUUAGAUCACAAGACGACUUUGAUCACCUUAUUGAUAUGUUGAAGAAGUUAGUCUCCCACGAAGUUGUAGGAGCUGAUUCCAUCUGAAAACUUGAUGUUGUGAUCAAAUGUUUUCAAUUCAUUCAUGUAAAACAAGAAUUUGUACCAUUAUAUUUACCGUUUGGAACCGUUCUACGAAAUCUCAAUAUUUUUGAUAUAGUAAAGUUUUGUCAUGAUGACUACGUAAAAGAAGACUGAAAAAUACAAAAAAAAAAAAAUUGUAC